GGAGCUGCGCAUCCUGAGCGUCUACGGACAAGGGGAGGGCCCUCUGACGGUGGACGGCCAUGACACCCUCUUUGUCGCGUCAGAACUAGAUACCUUGAGCUCGCUGUCUGCUGACCACAGCGUGGCCAAGAGCCUGAACUGCAGCGUGAGGUUCGUCCGCCUUGAGGAGCUGACUGGGCAUCAGGGUGGCCGCAAGGGCCGGCCCGGUGUCUUGUGUGGAAAGGUUAUUCCCAACAAUGCCAAUAUGAUCGUCCACAUGAUGACUCACUCCGGGGAGAAGCCCUACAGGUGUGACCAAUGCACAAAGCGCUUCAGUUAUAGCUCCCACCUGAAGAUUCACAUGAGAACUCACUCCGGCGAGAAGCCCUACAAGUGUGACCAAUGCAAAAAGCGCUUCAGUCGGACAAUCGACCUGAAUAUCCACAUGAGGACUCACUCCGGGGAGAAGCCCUACAGGUGUGACCAAUGCAAGAUGCGCUUCAGACAGAAACGCCACCUGAAAUUCCACAUGAUGAUUCACUCCGGCGAGAAGCCCUACAAGUGUGACCAAUGCAUGAUGCGCUUCAGUCAGAAUUACAUCCUGAAGAACCACAUGAGGACUCACUCCGGGGAGAAGCCCUACAGGUGUGACCAAUGCACGAAGUGCUUCAGUCAGAAAGGCAGCCUGAAUAACCACAUGGGGACUCACUCCGGGGAGAAGCCCUACAGGUGUGACCAAUGCACGAAGCGCUACCAUCGGAAAUGCGACCUGGAGAUCCACAUGAGAACUCACACCGGCGAGAAGCCCUACAGGUGUGACCAAUGCACGAAGUGCUUCAGUCUGAAAGGCACCCUGAAGUUCCACAGGUCGACUCACUCUGGGGAGAAGCCCUACAGGUGUGACCAAUGCACGAAGUGCUUCAGUCAGAAAGGCAGCCUGAAUCUUCACAUGAGGACUCACUCCGGGGGGAAGCCCUACAAGUGUGACCGAUGCACAAAGGGCUUCAGUCUGAAAUGCAUCCUGAAUAUCCACAUGAGAACUCACACCGGCGAGAAGCCCUACAAGUGUGACCAAUGCACGAAGCACUACGGUCUGAAAUCCCACCUGAAGCGCCACAUGAUGACUCACUCCGGGGAGAAGCCCUACAAGUGUGACCAAUGCAAGAUGCGCUUCAGUCUGAAAGACCACCUGAAGUACCACAUGAUGACUCACUCCGGGGAGAAGCCCUACAAGUGUGACCAAUGCACGAUGCGCUUCAGUCGGACAAGCAACCUGAAGAUCCACAUGAGGACUCACUCCGGGGAGAAGCCCUACAAGUGUGACCAAUGCAAGAUGCGCUUCAGUCUGAAAGACCACCUGAAGUACCACAUGAUGACUCACUCCGGGGAGAAGCCCUACAAGUGUGACCAAUGCACGAUGCGCUUCAGUCAGAAUACCAUCCUGAAUAACCACAUGAGGGCUCACUCCGGGGAGAAGUCCUACAAGUGUGACCAUUGCACGAAGUGCUUCAGUCUGAAAGGCCCCCUGAAGCGCCACAUGAGGACUCACUCCGAGGAGAAGCCCUACAAGUGUGACCAAUGCACAAAGCGCUUCAUUCGGACAGACCAUCUGAAGAUCCACAUGAGGACUCACACCGGGGAGAAGCCCUGCCCCUACAAGUGUGACCAAUGCACAAAGCGCUUCAGUCUGAAAGGCCACCUGAAUAGACACAUGAUGAAUCACUCUGGGGGGAAGCCCUACAGGUGUGACCAAUGCAAGAUGGGCUUCAGUGAUAGCUACGCCCUGAAGAUCCACAUGAGAACUCACUCCGGGGAGAAGCCCUACAAGUGUGACCAAUGCAUGAAGGGCUUCAGUCCUAAAGGCAGCCUGAAUAGACACAUGAUGAAUCGCUCUGGGGAGAAGCCCUACAAGUGUGACCAAUGCGCAAAGCACUACAGUCAUAGCUACACCCUCACGAUGCACAUGAGGACCCACACCGGCGAGAAACCCUACAGCUGUGACCAUUGCAAAAAGCGCUUCGCUCGGCAUGGCAACCUGAACGUCCACAUGAGGACUCACUCCGGCGAGAAGCCCUACAAGUGUGACCAAUGCACGAAGCGCUUCAGUCAGACAAGCCACCUGAAGAGCCACAUGAUGACUCACUCCGGCGAGAUGCCCUACAAGUGUGACCAAUGCACGAAGCGCUUCAGUCGGACAAGCCACCUGAAGAUCCACCUGAGGACUCACUCCGGGGAGAAGCCCUACAGGUGUGACCAAUGCACAAAGUGCUUCAGUCGGAAAAGCCACCUGAAGAUCCACAUGAGGACUCACUACGGGGAGAAGCCCUACAAGUGUGACCAAUGCACGAAGUGCUUCAGUCAGAAUGGCACCCUGAAGAUCCACAUGAGGACUCACUCCGGCGAGAAGCCCUACAGGUGUGACCAAUGCCCGAAGCGCUUCAGUCGAGGCCGCGCCCUGAGGUUCCACAUGUCGACUCACUUUGGGGAGAUGCCCUACAGGUGUGACCAAUGCACGAAGAGCUUCCAACGGAAAUGCGACCUGGAGAUCCACCUGAGGACUCACUCCGGUUAGAAGCCCUGCCUGUUAGUGCAUUGCAACGCCAGCUACAGCGACCCAAGCAAUUUGAGUGUGCACAUGCUCAAGCACACGGGCAAUGGGGUGCUUUCACACAGGGUAACGGGGCGCUUUGAUUGAGAGCUCUGUCCGGUAUUGGUCGAAAUUACUGCUUUUAGUUUUUCUUUUUAUCAUGAUUAAACACUUUCCUGCUUUUGA